AUGUUUGAGAAACAAAAUAAAAAAUUGGAUUCUAUAAACAAUGCAAUAAAUUAUUUAAAACAAAUUUUAAAUAAAUGGGAUAAAGAUUCUCGUUUAAUUAUUUCUGGUUCACUUUUAUUAAAUGCUCAGAUUUUUGAUUCAGACAUUGAUUGCCUUGUUGUUUUACCUAAUAAACAAAUAGAAAUUAAUAAUUUGGAAAUUAUUUUUGAAGAAAAAUUUUUUGGAAAAAUUUCUAAUAAAUGUAACAUUAAAUUAAGAAAAUGUGAGGAAGAAGAAAAUAAUAAUAAUUCACUUUAUUGUUUACUUUGUAAAGAUGUCAGAAUUCAAUUUAUCAAAAAAAUUCCUGGUCGAGUACCUUUAAUUAAAAUUAAUUUUCUUGGUUAUGAUUUUGAUUUAAUUUUUAUUUUAUUUUCACUAAAUUUAUUUAACCAAUUUAAUUCAAUUUAUCAAAAUAAUAAACAACCAAAAAUAAAUGAAAUUGAUGAUAUUAUUGCAAAAUUUGUUUUUGAAUUGGGGGGACCUGAAGAAAUAAAUAAUGGAAAUAAUAAACAUUUUGGAAUGGUUUUGGCACUUUCUGGUUAUCGUUCAAAUGUACAAAUAAAUUUAAUGACAGAAUACAACAAACAUUCAUUCCGUUUAGCAUUAUUAACACUUAAAGUUUGGGCAAAAAAUAAUUACAUUUAUGGAACACAAUAUGGCUUCUUUGGAGGUCCAGCUUUGUCAAUAAUUCUUUGUUAUAUUUUAAAUUUAUAUGGCAAUAAUGUUCCUCCUCCAAUUUUUAUUUUAUUAAAAAAUACUUUAGAAUUAUUUACUUUUAGAUUUUGGAAUUCACCAUUAAUGUUAGAAAUUCCUCAAAAUUAUUUAAAUAUUCGAAAUUUGUUAGAUUGGAAUUUAAAUAAAGAAGCAGAAAAUCGUUUAAAAUUAAUUCCAACAAAUUUACGUAAUUAUUUAAUUAAACAUUCACAAAUUAUUUGGCCAAUUAUAACCCCUGGUUUUCCUACACAAAAUGUUUUGUUUAAUAUUAAUGAUUCUACUUCACAAAUAAUAGAGAGGGAAGUAAAUAAAGGAUUACAAAAAUUGGUGAUUUUACAAGAUAACAUUAAUCAAAAUAAACCUUUAUGGACAGUUAAAAAUCUUUGUGGAAAUUUUUUGAGAAAAGAAGAAAAGUUUGAAGAAAAGAUUGUUAGCGGACAUAUGUUCCGUGAGGAUGUAUAUUAG